AUGUGCCCAAACGAGAAGACCACUGUGGAUGUGCCCCCCGGGCAAAAUCAAGCAACGCAGGGCACUGCACCAGUGGUCACUGGGUCGAGCCCCGCGCCGCUGCCCACGGGUGUGAAAAAAGAGGCUUUGGCGGCUUCUGAGGAUCCUAUGGACGAGGCGGUUGCUAAUAGCACUGCGCCGGCGGUCACCGGUUUGAACACCGCGCCGGCGCCCUUUGGUGUGAACAAAGAGGCUUCGGCGGCCUUUGAGGAUCCUACGGACAAGGGGGCUGCUGAUACUCCUUCAAAGAUCGCCGACAAGGCGGUCGCUGAUCUGGUCACCGGAUCAAACAAAGCGCACACGGAGGCUUGUACGGAUGCUACGGACAAGGAGCGUGAUCCAUUUACGGAGGAAGAGCUCAGGCGGCUCUUUGACAUCGAGACCAAUACUGCGCCGGAGGUCAAGGAGGCGGCUACUGAUAGUCAACCAAACACCAAUAGCAAGGGCCAAAAGGCCAAACUCUCAAGUCUGCUCCGCCGUGCCCGCUCACGGGUGAUCUGCCUGCCAGGCAGAACUGCUAUUCCAGAUUCUGACAAGGACUCUAAUGAUGACCGUGAUCACAACAGCAACCCUGCUAACCCUGGCACACCCAACUAA